AUGAGCAGAUUGUACAAGAAUAUGCUGUUACAGGAACCAGUGACAUUUGAGGAUGUGGCUGUGGACUUCACCCAGGAGGAGUGGCAGCAGCUGGCCCCUGCUCAGAAGACCCUACACAGGGAUGUGAUGCUGGAGAUCUAUAGCCACCUGGUCUCUGCGGUUCAUACUAGAGAGAAACUGUAUGUAUGUGGAGAUUGUGGAAAAGCCUUCAGUGAGAAAUCACACCUCAUUGUGCAUCAGAGGAUUCACACUGGGGAGAAAUCCUAUGAAUGUUCUGAAUGUGGGAAGGCCUUCUCCCAAAAGUCACUCUUCAUUGUUCAUCAGAGAGUCCACACUGGAGAGAAACCUUAUGAAUGUUUGGAGUGUCAAAAGGCCUUCUCCCAGAAGACACAUCUCAUUAUACAGCAGCGACUUCAUACCAGAGAGAAGCCCUUUGGAUUCAAGAAACCUUAUAUAUGUACUGACUGUGGGAAGGCUUUUUCCCAGAAGUCACACCUCUCUGGACACCAAAGGCUUCAUACUGGAGAGAAACCUUAUGCAUGUACAAAAUGUGGAAAAGCCUUCUCUCAGAAGUCACCUCUUAUUAUACACCAGAGAAUUCAUAUAGGAGAGAAACUGUAUGAGUGUAGUGAAUGUGGCAAAACGUUUUCCCAGAAAUCACCUUUCAUUAUUCAUCAGAGAAUUCAUACAGGGGAGAAACCCUAUGAGUGUCAGUUCAGUUCAUGUACUUACUGUGGAAGGACCUUUUCCCUGAAGUCACAUCUUAUUUUACAUCAGAGAGCUUAUACUAGAGAGAAGCCAUAUGAAUCUAAUGAAUGUGGAAAGGCCUUCUUUGAGAAGUCUCCACUAGUUGUACAUCAGAGAAUCCAUACUAGGGAGAAACCUUCCGAAUCUGCUGA